AUGGGUUUCGCUGACAUCCUCACCGACGCUGGCCUUGCCAUGCUUGACAGCUGGUUGUCCACGCGCUCGUACAUCGUUGGCAACUCUGCCAGCCAGGCCGAUGUCGUCACCUACAAGGCCCUGAGCUCUGCUCCCGACGCCACCAAGUACGCCAACGCUGCUCGGUGGUACAAGCACAUCGCCUCGUUCGAGGAUGAGUUCUCCAACCUGCCCGGCGAUGCCACCAAGGCUUACACCGAGUACGGCCCUGAGAAGACCGAGGCUACCCUGAACCCUGCCAAGGCCCCUGCUGCCGAGGAGGACGACGACGAUGUCGACUUGUUCGGCAGCGACGACGAGGAGGAAGAUGCCGAGGCUGCCCGUAUUCGCCAGGAGCGCCUCGACGAGUACAACAAAAAGAAGGCCACCAAGCCCAAGACCAUCGCCAAGUCGGUUGUCACUCUUGACAUCAAGCCUUGGGAUGAUGAGACCAACAUGACCGAGCUCGAGGCUGCUGUCCGUGCCAUCGAACAGGACGGUCUCGUCUGGGGUGCCUCCAAGCUGGUCCCCGUCGGUUACGGUGUCAGCAAGCUCCAGAUGACCCUGGUCGUCGAGGACGACAAGGUUGGUGUCACUGAGCUCCAGGAGCAGAUUGAGGAGCUUGAGGAUUACGUCCAGUCCACCGAUGUUGCUGCCAUGCAGAAGUUGUAA